AGUACUCUUUCUACUCUGGAAAAAAGGGGUUCAGCUCUUCCCGGGUCAAAACUUCUGCAUUCCGGAUUGAUUUGUUCGGAGCCCUAAUUUUCCCUCUGAAAAAUUGGAACGUCGAUUUGAGAGAAUCAGUAUCGGUGGUGAUUCUUUGAGAUUGUUACGACGAUGACCACUUCCAAGCGAAACCACAAGGAGAAGACAGUUCGUCGUAACAAAGAGGAGAAAGCUGAAGAACCAGAACUACCCAAGUACAGAGACAGAGCUAAAGAGAGGAGAGAGGACCAAAAUCCAGAUUACGAGCUCAAUGAGCUGGGUGCGUUUCAUGCCGUUGCUCCCCCCGGCAAUGUGGAUAUGGGUUCUGCUGAUGCUCACAAGUUAUCUAUUGAGAAGAGCAAGUAUCUCGGAGGUGAUGUGGAGCACACACAUUUGGUUAAAGGAUUGGAUUAUGCUCUGCUUCAUAAAGUUAGAAGUGAGAUAGAUAAGAAGCCAGAGGCUGGAGAUGAUCCUGAUGGAAAAGCUAGAGCAUCUAAGGAAGAUCAAACAAUGUCUUUCCGCACUACAACUGCAAAGUCAAUCUACAAGUGCAUAGUCAAACCCCAGACUUCUGUAAAGACCAAUGAAAUGUUCCUUCCUGGGAGGAUGGCUUUCAUUUUUAACAUGGAAAGUGGGUUUUCCAAUGACAUUCCAACCACUCUCCACAGAAGUAAAGCUGACUGUCCUGUUCCUGAGGAAAUGGUUACUGUCAGCGUUGAUGGGUCCGUGUUGGAUAGGAUUGCUAAAAUUAUGACAUAUCUCCGCCUCGGAUCAUCUGGGAAAGUUCUUAAGAAGAAGAAAAAGGAAAAAGAUGGAAAAGGGAAGGUUUCUGGUUUCCCCAAUGGUCAUGAAGAGCACAUAUCAAAAUCAGACGCAAUGAAGAACUAUAUUGACAGCACAAGUGUACCUCCUGCUCCUGAAUCUUCUAAGAAUAGUCAUUUUAGUGAAUUGAGGGAGAAACAUGGCCCUACUGUUGAUAGAGUCGAAGAAGAAGAUAUAUUUGUUGGGGAAGGAGUUGAUUAUUCUAUCCCUGCUGUAGAUUCAAACAGAAGCCCUGUAUCGGAAGAUAUGGAAGAAUCUCCUCGUAAUAGAGAGAGAACCUCAUAUUUCAGUGAACCUGCUGCAUAUGCCUCAAUUCCAUCAUCACAGCCACCUCAUGGCUGGCAACAAGCGAAUGGGUAUGAUGCUGUUCAAGCACAGGCCUUUGGUGGUGUAUAUCCAUCAGAAUGGCUGGAUUACCAAUAUGCCGAGCAAGUGGGUUAUCCUGACGAUCAAUACCUCCAGCAAAACAUACAGGCCUAUGACCCACAAACUGGUUCAGUCAUUCAUGAAGAUCAGCGUUUCAUAACCCAAGAAGAAAAGGAUAGAGGUUUAGGAUCAGUUUUUAAGCGCGAUGAUCAGAGACUUCAACAGCUGAGAGAGAGAGAUGCCCGGGAGAAGGAUCCCAAUUUUGUUUCUGAGAGCUAUUCCGAGUGUUAUCCUGGCUACCAAGAGUACAACCGUGAGGUUGUUGACAGUGAUGAUGAAGCUGAUUUGACAAAGAUGGAUAUGGGAGGACGUGCAAAAGGACGACUUCAUAGGUGGGACUUUGAGACGGACGAGGAGUGGGCAGCAUACAAUGAACAGAAGGAAGCAAUGCCAAAAGCUGCAUUCCAGUUUGGGGUGAAGAUGCAAGACGGGAGGAAGACGAGGAAGCAAAACAAAGACCACAAGUUGAAUAACGAGCUCCAUAAGAUCAACAAAAUUCUGUCCCGAAAGAAGAUGGAGGAGAAAGGAGGUGAUGACAACGACGACGAUUCCUCACAUCCGGGAAAGAAACUUCGGGUUUGAUCCUCCAAAUGUUUUCGAGGACCUAUUUGAAACACCAUGGUGCUAGCGUGCGUCAUGGUCCUACGUGGCAUCAAUUUUGUAAAAUAAAUUGAUGACAACAUGACAUAUGUAGAUGCUUUCACCCCAAUGUGUUCCGAAUAGUUUACCGUGUCCAUUGCCAAUAGAGCUAAAAGAGUGACUAUUGAAAUUGUUUUAGAUUGGGGCCACAUUAUGAGUGAAAUCAAAAUGUGCAUCUUGACCUCCAUA